AUGACGGAGUGGACCCUGCUCAAACGCCUCCUGGACGCCGUGCACCAGCACUCCACCAUGAUCGGCCGCCUGUGGCUCACCGUCAUGGUCAUCUUCCGGCUGCUCAUCGUCGCCGUGGCGACCGAGGACGUGUACGCCGACGAGCAGGAGAUGUUUGUCUGCAACACGCUGCAGCCGGGCUGCUCCACCGUGUGCUACGACGCCUUUGCGCCUAUCUCGCAGCCGCGCUUCUGGGUCUUUCACAUCAUCAGCGUGUCCACGCCGUCGCUGUGCUUCAUCAUCUACACCUGGCACAACCUGUCCAAGCUGCCGCACAGCUCCACCCAGAGGCAGGGCCAGGGCCCUGGGGCUGGCCUGGGCCAGGGAGGCCCCGCUGGAGAGCAAGGCGACGGACGGGAGGUGUACGAUCGGAACUGUGACUCCGACAGCUGCUCCAUCCGCUCCCAUAAGCAUCUAGGUCACAGCCUGGCAGACGUGCUGCAGGGCAUCACUGCCCAGAGUCUCCAGAGUGGAGACCCAAACAACAUGGCGCCCGUGAGCCACGCCCGAGCCGGCCACUUCAGGGAGCGGGGUGCACUGGGUCCCGGGGCCUCCGGCGGGGUUCUGUCCAAAUGCUAUGUCUUCCACGUGUGCCUGCGGGCCGUCCUGGAGCUGGGCUUCGUCCUGGCCCAGUGGAAGCUGUUUGGCUUCCGGGUGCCCGUGCACUUCCUGUGCACAUCGGCGCCCUGCAGCCAGCCGGUGGACUGCUACGUCUCCCGGCCCACGGAGAAAACCAUCUUCCUGCUCUUCAUGUUCUGCGUGGGUGUUUUCUGCAUCCUGCUCAAUCUGCUGGAGCUCAACCACCUGGGCUGGAAGAAGAUCCGGCAGGUGGUGCGGAUGAGGGAGCGGGGGGCGUCCUGGGGAGGGUGUCCCGGUAUGAGGGGGGGGUAUGAAACCUUCCCUGCGGACAGCCCCUCUCCCACAUCCUCCCUAGGCUUUAGAGGGGUGACCAGCACCACCUCCCUGCCCACCCUGGACCUGGUGGUGGGCCACCAGGCCAACUGGAGCUGCGCUGCGCCCGGGGACACCGGCCCGGGGAAACCCAAGAGUCAGGACUCCCAGACAGGAGAGAGGCAGCCUCUGAAGAGUCAGAGAGCCGUCAGAGAGUCCAAACAGAGGAGUGCCGAGGUCUGGAUAUAG